AGUUAUCUAAAGAUGAUCUGAUUAUCAAAGUGAAAAUGCUAAUAGUUCAAAAUAAAGAUUUAAGGUCCACUAUUGCUAAACAAAGAGUGAUGAUAGAUAUUUCUGAAUCAUUUCCAAGAAUACACGAACUUUCAAAUUUAGUUUUAAAAAAUUUGGAAAGUAUUACAGAAAAACAAAAAAUUUCAAUUUCCGCUUCCGCUUCUCCUUUAAAAGCUAGAACAAAUAUUUCUUCAAUAUCUAUGGUUUCAAAGGUAACAAGUAAAAAUGUAGUGAAGGACGUUUCCAAGGUUGAUAAUGUGGAUUUCUGUAACCAAGUGCAACCUGAAUUACUUUCAAAUCAACCCUACAAUAUAUUAGAGGAUUUUAAUGGUAUUCAGAAAACUAUUGUUAUUGAAAAGGACUCAGUUGUUGAAGUGAGCAAAGAAAUUGUUGAUAAACCAAAUCAGUCAACAAUUGAUAAAAUAGCAAACCCAAAGGUUAUGGAAAUUGUAAAAAAAGUUGCUUCUAGUGCCAUGGACCAAUCUGAGGUGUCUUCAGAAAAUUGGGUUGAACUUUGGCCUAAAUCAGGAAUAGAAGUUAACUCAUUCGCGUUAUCAUCAAUUAACCGUAAAUGCCCAUCUAAAAUGAUAUCGGAUCUUAUGAUUAUUUUAUUCACCGACGAUGAGCUACGCAAUGGAUCGGUUACUGGCAAAAAAAGUAAUUUCAUAAAAAGUGGAGAACUAAAAAAACAGCUUGAUGUCCACAAAGUAAAGGCAAUGAAAGAUUUUACACAAGAUAUUUUCAGAGAUGUUACUGAUGAAAUUAUAAACAAAGCUAUAAGAACAAAACUAAAUAAUUUUUCAAAGAAACCAAAAGUCCUAAAUUUCAAUACUGGUUCAGCUACCAGGCUUACAAAUACCAUUUAAAUGUAUAAUUAAUUAUAAUUUAUAUUCUAUAUAUAUAUAUAUAUGUGUGUGUGUGUGUCAAGCGUUAACACUCCAUUCAAUUAGUAUAUAUAUUUAUGGUAAUAAUUUAUUUUUUAAUUUUAAUAAAUUGUGGAGCAUUUAGCUGUCGUCUUACUUACUUUUUCUACUAACCUUUAGUAGUAAACUACUGACAAUUUUCUAGUAGUAAACCACUAACUAUCUUCUAGUAGUCAACUAUUGACUGCUAGUAGUAAACUACUAACCACUAGUAGUAAACUACUGAUAAUUUUCUAGUAGUUAACUACUAACCACUAGUAGUAAACUACUGAUUAUUUUCUAGUAGUAAACUACUAACCACUAGUAGUAAACUACUGAUAAUUUUCUAGUAGUUAACUACUAACCACGUUUUGUAGUUAACUAUUAAAAUUUCUUAGUAGUUUGUCCAAAAAGACUACUAAGGAUUUUAAGUAGUUUUUUUUUAAUAGUUUUUAGUAGUUUUUUUUC